AUGCCGGCCCAACAUACCUUCAUGGGUCGGCCCAUUACCCUCCAGAUGCCGCCUAGGAGGUUCCAGAUUCUCUUGAUUGUCAUUCUGUUCUUCAUAUUCAAUCUGACCUUCUACGGCCCGCCCUCGCCCAAUCGCCUACCCACCUACGACCAAGUAGCCGACGCGGUCAAGCACCCGCAAGCACACGUACCCAACCUUGGCGAGCUCCCGGCUGUGCCAAAUCCCUUUGGUCCCUCCGCACACAAGCCGCCUGUUCAGGCCAACAGCACCACUGCAAGUGCCUAUGGUGCCAUAGAAUGGCUGAGUGACUUCAAGUGGCGCAACCCUUUCUCCUCCUCGGUGACGCUGGACGAAAACAAGGCCCUCCUUCCGCCACUCCGCGAGCGAACGCCCAUCUAUACGUACUACGAUGUGCCCAAGAAGCAAGACAAGGACGUGUCUGCCGCAGAACAUAGGCUCAUACUGGCAUGGCGACGCGCAUGGUGGGCCCAAGGUUUCAAGCCCGUGGUGCUCUCUCGCGCUGAGGCUAUGCACCACCCACAGUACCAGCUCUUCCAGCGCAUGAAGCUGAGCUCAAAAAUCGAAUUUGAAGUUAUGCGCUGGCUGGCUUGGGGACAGAUGGGUGGGGGAAUUCUCGUCAAUUGGCUUGCGCUGCCCAUGGCCGAAUAUGAUAACCCCAUGCUGAGCUUUCUGCGGCGGAAUGAGUACCCCAAGCUGUCGCGAGUACAAUCCCUCGAUAACGCCGUCUUCUUUGGAGAGAGAGUAGCUGUCAACGAUGCGCUCAAGAAAGUCAUGGGCAAUGCGCUAUUGAAGAACACCACCGCGAACAAGGACAAGCUCACCAAGCUGGCCAACAAGGAGGGUGGCCCGGUUGUCAACCUUCUGGCUUCAGAGCAUGUCAAAGUCGACUCCAAGGCCAACGGCAUUGCGUCCUACAACAGAGCUAUCAUUUCCAGCAAAUACAAGACUGUCGCCGACAAGCUCACCAACACGACCCAGGCAGAAGGCCUUGACCUGCUUGCGAACCUCAUAAACUCCCAUCUCCACCUGACUUGGCAAGAACAACAUCCUGAGGGUGUAGCCAUUGUGAAACCUGUGCCAGAACACACGACGGCACUCAUGUAUGAAGCGACCGACAUCGCCCGCAAUCUGACCCAGUGUCCGACUUCGCCAAUGCCUAAGACGUGUCCGCCCAAUCGGCCAAAGUGCAAGCCAUGCGACGCCAACAAAGCGAUGAAGUUGCACGUGUUUCCGGAGUUUGUCAACUCGACAAAGUUCUUCAGUAUCGGAACUGUUCCGCAUCCUUACACUCUUACUUCGCUGCACUAUACACGUGACAUGCUGGACAGCACCUUUCUUCGCCGGAACACCAAGCGCGAUCUCUGGAUCAUGCAAUUGACCGACAAGUCGAUUCCAACUGACCAUACCGAAGAAUAUCGCGUGCUCAAGUUCAAGGAACUUGUAGCAGCAGCCCCUGCGCACACGUUAUGGUUGACAGCGGAGCGCAUAACUCAAGAAGAUUUGGACUGGAUCUUCGGGUUUGGGCUACCUCAAACUGCCUCAUCCACCAAAGAACCCAGCUCACCGAGCAAGGAGUCUGAACUUAUCAUUUUCCCACGCCCAGCGCCCCCGAAGCCCAUCCAAGGUAUCGAUGUACCAGACGAAAAAUGGAUCGAAAAGGAAGAGGAGCGUCUGAAGAAGGCUCGCGAUGCGAUCAAGAGCAAGGACAGGAAUAUGAAGAAGGUUGUCGAAGCAGUAGAACAGUGGAAUCUGGCAGAUACGGAAGCUUGGAGGUUUUCCAGGGCGUACUCAGCAAGAAGAAGGCAAGAGCGGUUGAAGUGGGAGGAGGAAGAAGCCAAGUAUGCGGGCAGUGAGAAGAAGGCUGGUGUUAGACCUGGUGAGGGCAGGGGGAGAUGGGCGGACAAGAGGUAG